UUUUGUCCGGAUGCCUGUUUUCAGGGUAAACCUGAUCUGAACACGUCACUGCCGGUCCGACAGACGGCGUCCAUCUUUAAACAGCCCGUCACCAAGGUCACAAAUCACCCCAGCAACAAGGUUAAAACAGACCCUCAGAAAGCUGUCGAGCAGCCCAGACAGCUGUUCUGGGAGAAAAAGCUGAGUGGACUCAACACUUACGAUAUCGCAGAGGAGCUGGUGAAGACCAUGGAUCUUCCUAAAGGAUUGCAAGGUGUGGGUCCGGGUUACACGGGUAACACGCUGCUGUCGGCUCUAGCGAGCGCCCUGCACACCAGCUCGGCUCCCAUCACGGGUCAGCUGUCCGCCGCGGUGGAGAAGAACCCCGGAGUCUGGCUCAACACCACACAGCCUCUGUGCAAAGCCUUCAUGGUGACGGAUGAAGACAUCAGGUACGAGCUGACACUCCACCGUGUUUGUGGUGGAGUUUAGCUCUAGACCUAAUUAAACGCACCCUGAAGCAGCUAAUCACAGUCUGC